AUGAAGGAGGGGGAGGGAUUGGGCCUCAGAUAUAUAUGGGGUCCAACAUUGUUGAUGCUGUUAGGCCCCGCCAUCGCCCUGGUGGUGCUCACUGUCAACCGGUACCUGGACAGACCGACCUUCAUGGUGAGGCAUGAUAAGUUCCUCGAGAAGAGAAACUUUCCUUCUGUCAUCGUGUGCCCUGAAGUUAAUUUUGUUGAACAGAAGAUGGACAACUUUUUAGCUAGAUUAAACUAUCCCCCUGGAACGAACGCGACUAUAAUCAAAAAAAUACUUCCACAACUAUCUGCGUUCUAUUCUCUUGACAUGUUGUAUGAGCUACCAGACCUAAUACGAGUGGAACACGUCCUGGACUACAAUGGUAUCUCUGUGGAGACGGCAGGGAGGUUACUUACAGCUACCUGUGAAGAAACGCUUAUCAAACCAUUGCAUCGUUUGGAGUAUGAUGCCUUGGGCAUGCGCGAAUGCCGCUGGAACCGCCGUAUAGUCAACUGUUCAGAAUUGUUCCAAAUGGAAUUUACCGGUGACGGCUUCUGCUGUGUCUUCAACGGAAGAUCACUGAGAAGGUCGGCAAACGAGCAGACGGGUUACCUGAUGGUAUACAGGGAAAUGGAGAGUCACGGACUAAAUAUAAAGAAAUCGUCACCGAGGAGGACGUGGUACACGAAACUGUUCGGUUACACAAGCGGCCUGAUGCUGGCCCUCAACCAGAGCCAGAUACUUACAUCUGUUGAUCUCUCUUAUAAGUGGGUGGCCCUUGAGACAGGCAACCACUUCGUCGAUAUAACCAUGAAUGGAACAGCUGUGAGUCCUGGAUCUGAGCACUGGAUUGCUUACUACACGACCGGCUACCAGAUAGCUUUAGGAGCUAAAACACUUCAUCCGUCACUCAGAAGGUGUAAUAUGGCAUCAGAAAAGUUGAAGUACUUCCCUCAGUAUAGCCAGAAGUAUUGUACGUUAGAGAAAGAAAUAGCGAAUACUUUGGACAAGUGCAAAUGUGUUCGGAACAACCACCCGAGACCUCCCGGGACUAGCCGAUGUCGAGCGGCCAUGCUGCGCUGUGCUACUCAGGCCAUGAUUUCGUAUGACUCCUUGAGCACUGACUGUCCAAUGACCUGUGAUACCAAGAAGGCUACAAUGAAGUCCUCGAGAUUUGACCUUGAUGAGACUGUGAGGACUGUGGAACCAUUCUACCAGGGUUUGAACUUCAAGACGGUGACAGUGGUCAGGGUGUUCAUACAGAGCCGCAAACGUCCCACUGUAGAGCGCUGGACAUUCUACGACUACAUAGAUUUAUUCUCUCAGCUAGGAGGUAUGUUCAGCGUAUUCUUCGGAUGCAGCGUGCUAACGUUGCUAGCAUUACUUCAAAUCGUUUGGCGCGCCCUCUACAGACGAUGUUUAAAAUUUUGGAGAACCACUGAGUAA